AUGAAAAUAACCUACAAACUUAUAUUAAUUAACCUGUUCCUAUCAAUAAAACUUAAAGCUGAUUGUAUUUGGUAUUUAGAAAAUCCAAACGAACAUCAAUCGCAAUCCAUCCAAAAUCAGAGUUCAAAUCAAAACCAUAAUCUUGGCACUAAUUCUAUAAUUAGUCCUAAUAACACUGUAAAUAGUAAUAGUAAUAUUAACAGUGGAGUGACUAAUAAGCCCCAAAAUCCGAAUAAUACGGUUAAUCCAAAUGAUAUACAAGACGGAAUAAUAGUAAAUAAAACGCUUCUGGGAGGAGUACACGCGGAAGCAGAUUCAACCUUCAAAGCAGUUGGUACGGGAGGAUUCAGAAAAUAUGACGCAUCAAACGCACUAACAUUAGGUGGAGGAUAUUGGUGUAGCGAACAUGACCUGAUGAACGAUCGCAUUGUUAAAUGGACUGUAACGCUUAAAACUGACGCUGUUUUAAGAGGACUUAAGAUUUUUUGGCAAUAUUUACCUCAAUAUGUUUCAAUUUGGAUUUCUAAAGGUGAUGAUGAUAACUUUAUACAAGUUUUGCCAUUUCAAUCGUGCGAAAACAUUGAGAGAGAACAAGAGUUAGUAUUUCCAAGAAAAAUAAGAGCAAAGCGAGUACAGAUUCAGAUGAAGGGCCAAGUUAACGGAUAUUUUGGAAUUACAUUUGUGCAAUUCAUAGGUGAAGAGAACCCAAUUUUCAGAAUACAAUCAGGAAUAACGUCAUUCGAAGACAUGUGCUUACAAAUAGAUAGUACGAAUGAAGUGGUAUUGGAUAGCUGUAUAACCGCAAUUUCGAAGUUUGAUUACAAUGAUAUUUAUAAUCCAAUAACAAACAUGUGCAUGACACUAGAAGAUAAUGUUGAGACUGAUGGAGGCACCAUAAGGAUGCUUCCAUGUAAAAAUGAAAAGGGUGAAGAUUACACUGACGGGAGGAAUUCUUGGACCUUUACCUCAAAUAAUCAAAUGAGACUAAGAAGACCUGGAAACCUUUGCCUAUCACAGAAGGGUUCAUCGGCAGGCAUGGCAAAUGUGGCGCUCAACAAAAUCGCAAAAAGUAACUUUUCAAUCAUGAACAUGGAGGAAAACGCAGCUGAAAAGGCCCUGGACGGAAAUGCAAAAAGCUUCUGGUCCUCAAGAAAGUUCAAAGUUAACGAUCAAAGAGUUGUGGACUUUAUCAUAGACCUGCAAGAUAGUUAUAAGCUCCAAACGCUUAAAAUUAUUUGGCAGUUUCCAGCACUGAGUUAUAACAUCUUCACAAGAGUAGAUGAGUCUGAUUGGACUUUGGCCAAAAACGUCGGGGCAAACACGCUGAAGACCACAAUUGACUAUUUAAAUGAUAAGCUUGUACAGUAUAUCAAAAUACAACUUAAUGCUCCCAAUCCUGAUUAUGCCAUUAAUGGUUAUAUUAGAGAUUCCGAAGGAUUUGUCCAGUACGGAAUAGCGAAUAUUUCAGCUUACACAAAUAAACUAAAGACUAUAGUAGAACCAUGUGAUACUGCAAAAAGCUCAAAAGAUGCUAGGGACAAGUAUUUCCUGGAGUCUGUGUAUCAGGUGGAUCUCAGUAAAACACUUCCACUUAAGAGGGCAGAGGCACGAAUAGAGGAGAUAGUAAAGACAAUUGAAGGAAAAGUUUCAGAACUUGAGAAGUUAACAGCAAAAAUCUCAAAGUGCAAAAACAAACAUGAAAGUCAAGUCUUGAAAAAUUGUCUCAAGUUGGUUAGUUUCUUCACCAGCCUAAUUCUUUCCAUAGAUGUUCACAUGUCCAGUGUUAGGCCCGUAAUGUCAGAUGAAAGAGUAUUUUCAGAUUGUAUUUAUAUAAAAAACUUGGGUGAGAAUAAACCCAGUGGUUUUUACGAUAUAGAACCUCCGUGCUAUAACCAAAAACUGAGAGUUUACUGUGAUAUGUACACUGGAUCGUCAUACUACGUUUCUACUGUUGAGGAUGAAACCCUGAUAGGCCUAUCGAAUGUUAUUGACGAAUGUUCAAAGUACGGACUACGUCCGUUUCAUCUUCAACACGAAAAACAGUUAGAGUCACUUUCAGUCAUGCUAAAAACGAUGGAAGUACCUGCGGGUACCAUAAUCCCAGUAGCUGUAAAGGUUGGAGAUUCCUUGCGAUCACUGGACCUGGUUGUAGACGUCUCGAAAUAUGUAAACCUAGAGAAUCUUAAAGAUGGAAACAUCCUUGGGGUAACUCCGGAAGGAGUUGAGUUAUUCGAUGGCCGAGAUAAGGACAUGUCAGGAAUUAUCUGCUCUACCAACUUUUCUAGCGUAAGACCUCCUGAAAAGAUUCCAACCUUGGCGUGUAAUUCCAGGAUCUCUGAUGAUUCUGAUCUUCCAACCAAGCCAGGCUCAAAGUUUGAUGUUAAAUGCCCACAAAACUGUCAUGAAACAGAUGAAAAUUAUGAAGUUGAAGGAGGUAAGGAUGGAUUAUAUUCGUUCAACAGUUCGGUGUGUUUGGCGGCAGUUCAUGCAGGAGAGUAUGAUAACAAGUCUUCGCUGCAAGUUGAAAUAGUAUCAUCGCCUGGGGAAUUGGACGGAUUCUUCCAAAACGGAAUCAAUAGCGCAAGCGUCUCUACAACACUAGGAGAAUCGGCAUUCAGAGUAAAGAGGGUGGAAAAUAAAUGCAAGUUCAAAAAGGGAAAGAAAGUGAUCAAACAUUUCAAAAUGAAACUGACCUCUAAUCCACAUAAUACCAAUAAUAUCAAUAAUGUUGUCAAAACUGAUGAGAAACCAAGUGAGAAGGAAAGUAAAAAAGAAAAGGAGAAAGAAGAGAAUAAAGAUAAUGUUAACCCUACAGAUAAAGAAAAGGCUCAGGAUAAUAAUAAGACCAUUGUAGAUAGUAAUAAAAAUAAUGAUAAGGAAGAAGAUGAUUCAGAAGAUUUCGAAGAGCCAGAUGAUAAAUUGGAAGAAAUCCCUCCAAUAAUUGAAGUAAAUCAACCUAAAAAGAGUAAACAUUAUAAUUUGAUGCCAAGUGAGAUGUCAACAGGUGAGGCAAUUCACUCCUUGGUCACCCAUAUAUAUUCUCAAAAUACCAAAGGCUCACCAGUUUUUCUAAACCUUUUCAGAGAUCAUACAGGACUAAUACUUGCGAACACAAGGGACUUGAUAAAGAAAGCCGAUUUGAAAAAGAUACCAGGCCAGAGCAUGUUCGUUAACUUGGACCAUAGAGUUGAGCAUAUGGGAAAUUCAAUUCAGGUUAUCGCAUCACAACUAUCAUAUAAAAGACAAAUGAUGACCCAAAAAAUCGAUAAAUUAACGAGGGAAAAGAAUUUGCAUUCUUCAUUUGAGUCGUUUUCCCUGCUGAAAACAAGUCAGGAAAGUUUGUUUUCGAUCUUUACUGUGGAGACAACGAGCGCAACAAAAGGUUAUCCUACCUGGGUUAUGAGUGAACUAAAUGUUAAGAACAGCACGGAGCUGACGAUAUCUCAAAUGUCCCAGAUUAUACCCCCAAAUAACACAAUCGCAGGUAGUUAUCUGGUACUUAAGGACAAGAAAUUCUACGAUUUCAUAUUCUCAGCUUCAGUGUACGCUGGGAGUGCUGGGAGCCUGGGUCUGGCUUUCAGAAUGGUUGAUAUGAACAAUUACUAUCUACUUCAAAUGAAACAGAGUAACGGAGGGUUUAAGAGACUUAUCAGGGUUGUUGAUGGAGAACCUUACGAACUUGCCAGAGUUGAAGAUGGUGGAUAUAUCGAAGAAGUUUGGUAUCAUGUGAGAAUCGAGACAAGGCAGAGCAGGCUUAUGAUAUCAGUGGUUCAGGGUGAGGAUGAGAUUUUCGAUACACCAAAUGCUGUCAUCGAUGUGAUAGACGCUACUCAUUCUAGUGGAACAGUGGCACUCUAUACUGGGAAAGUUUCUUUCGCUCAUUUUAAAAGGUUCAACGUUGAGGCACUUUCUUGCCUCAGGUAUGACUCACCGCCAAUACCACCAGAGCCACCAUUUUGCAGCAUAUUUAAAGAGGAUUUUCUCUCAAAUUUCUCACACAAUUGGUCCGUUUACAACUCUAAAGGGGAAUGGAGGUUUGAAAAGGAUUUGAUGGGAGAACCAAAUGUAAUUGCAAACACUUUAAGUUUGGGAGUUCAGGAGGAGAUUGACCCUACGAUUGCAGUGCUAAAAAACCAUAAAAGUUGCACCUAUGGAAUAUUUUCAGCUUCUGUUCUCAUUCAGUCUGAUUUUGGUACUGCUGGGCUUGUGUUCAGGUUCCAUAAUGCUGGAGAAUUUGUCCUGCUUGAGAUUUCGCCAAAGUACUCCGCAUUAAAACAGAUGCAUCAGGGGACCUUUACCACAAUCACUGAGACUAAUCUGAGGGGAAUAUCACUCAACGAGUGGACUUCGUUGUCUGUGUCCUUCAACGACGACCUUAUCACUGUUUCAAUGGGUGGCACUUUCGGAUCUGACUUGAUUUUUUUAAACGUUAGGACGGUUCACGAACUUAAGCCUGGGGGAUCAGUGGGACUUGCAAGCCUAAACUGUUCUGGCGUAGCCUUCUCCAACAUUUCCCUUAAGCCAAUUUAUAAACAUAAUCAAGGGCUAAUUACUGAUAGUAGUAGUAAAGUGGAUAAUGAAGCUGAAGGGGUGAAAGAGGAGGGAUCGAAGAAAUGUUUAGAGGUGGAUCGAAGAUCAGAAUGUGGAAAGAUUUCACCAGAGAAUCUAGAGGCGUGCGAGCAAAACUUUUGUAGUUUCUGUUGUCAGACUCAUUACAAUGAUAAGGACGCACAAUCGGUGUGUGAGGAACAGUGUUCAAAACAGAACGAAAAGGUUUUGAUGAUCCAAAAAUAUUUGGACCAGCUUUGGUUUAACUGUUCUGGGACUGAGUUUAUAGAAAAGCAUUGUAAGGAUAAAGAUUGCAAGGGUGAGUUAAUCUGCUUAUAA